AUGAACAAGUCGUUACCAGUUGCUGACCCGUUUUCUCUCUUCCUUUCUGUUCCAGGGGGCCGCACGGCAUGGUCUAGCACCGUCACUAUCCAGGGGCGAACAUAUGUCGCGCGGUACUUUUAUGACGGCAAGAAUACAAACAAUGCCAAAGAAGACGCUGCAGAGGUCGCUCUUACUUUCCUACGCUCCCAAGGGAACCCACCGGCCACCACAUUCCCGGGGCAGUUGUAUGCACAGUACCAAACUGCCAAAUCCCUUCCGCGGUGGAAUUAG